CCACGCUCGGGACCGGGGGACGCUGAAGUGCUGCGGCCGUGUUCGUGGGCUGAGCGCCGCGAUAGAUUGCUGUCGACGUCUCCUGACCGGGGUCCGGCGCUGUUCCGGAGCACUCUCUCCACUCCCCUGCCUGCGGACUCAUCAUGAGGCGCCUGGGCUCUGUGCAGAGGAAAAUGCCGUGUGUGUUCGUGACGGAGGUGAAAGAGGAGCCUUCCACCAAAAGGGAGCAUCAGCCAUUUAAAGUUUUGGCAACUGAAACUAUAAGUCACAAGGCAUUAGAUGCAGAUAUAUACAGUGCAAUUCCAACAGAAAAAGUGGAUGGAACAUGUUGUUAUGUUACUACCUACAAAGGUCAGCCAUACCUUUGGGCUCGGCUGGAUAGAAAACCUAACAAAGUAGCUGAGAAAAGAUUUAAAAAUUUUCUACAUUCAAAACAAAAUUCAAAAGAAUUUUUUUGGAAUGUUGAGGAGGACUUCAAACCUGUUCCAGAGUGCUGGAUACCAGCGAAGGAAAUAGAACAAUUAAAUGGGAAUCCGAUGCCUGAUGAAAAUGGACACAUUCCUGGUUGGGUACCAGUGGAGAAAAACAACAAACAGUAUUGCUGGCAUUCUUCGGUAGUUAAUUAUGAAUUUGAAAUUGCACUGGUACUGAAGCAUCAUUCUGAUGAUCCUGGUCUUUUGGAAAUUAGUGCAGUGCCACUGUCAGAUCUCUUAGAACAAACACUGGAGCUUAUAGGAACCAAUAUUAAUGGAAACCCAUAUGGGUUAGGAAGCAAGAAGCAUCCGUUACAUCUUCUUAUACCACAUGGAGCAUUUCAAGUCCAUCGCCACCAUCUUGGUUUAUGCUGGCCAAUCCCAGAUACUUAUAUGAAUUCAAAGCCAGUUAUUAUCAACAUGAACCUGAACAAAUAUGAGUAUGCCUUUGAUGCUAAGAGUUUAUUUAAUCAUUUUUCAAAAAUUGAUCAUCAGAAAUUUAGUAGGCUCAAUGACAUAAUACUCAGCAUAUAAACUGGAAAUGCAAUUAAAAAUCAGCUUCAUUGUUGUUAUAUUUCAAUCUUGAAUAUUCUGCCAUAUUUAAAAGGUAAAAAUACCUCAAGAUUUCUUUUUAUUAUUCAGUGUUUAAUGUUAAAGUAACAUGUCUUAUAGCAUUUGAAAAAAUGAAUUUCCCAGUUGCAGAUAUCUACUCAAAAUUUUAUUUAGAAACAGCAAAUGAAUUUUAACGUUUGGACUUAAAAAUAUAAGUAAUAAUAAGCUCCCCAUCUUGUACAAAGGUUGGAUUCAGUCCAUUAUAAAUGGAUAGUAGUUAAACGAACAAUUUUGGAUCAUUUACUUUCAAAAUUAAAUAGUUUAAGCUGAAUUUAAUAUUGCUAGAUAGUUAACAAAACAUAUGGCUCAAACUCAACAUAUAUAUACAUACACAUAUAUAAUUUGAGAAUCUUAACAUAUAUAAAUAUGUAAGUAUAUAUAAAACCCAUUUUACAUGUUAAAAUUGUUCAAGUUUACCCUCAUACUCUUCUUAAUCAAAACAUUAUGAAUGUACAGAAAUUCACCACAGCUCAUUGCCUGUUUGAUAGAUGACUUAUUCUAAAAGUCUUCAAAAAUAUACUUUUCUAAUAUGUUGAAAUUUUCAUGUAAUUUUAUUUACUGAAAAUUUCAAUUUAGGUAAAGGUACAAGGUAUUGGAAAGGAAAGCAAGUAGGUCAGAGACCUGCUUGAUUUCCAGAUGGAAUUUCCAGAUGGAAUUUUAACUUACAAAGUUAAUAAAUAGUUAAAUAAAACUACAGAUGUGGCCUUUAAUAUAUAGGGAAAUUAAUAGGACUUUCCUCCUCUUCUUCAAACUGUUCAGAAGCAGCAACAGGACUAGUUAAUUCAACUCCAAACUGUUCAGAAAGUUUUUUUAACUUCUCUUCUAAGAGAAUAUUUUUUUUCACUUCUUCUUUGUAAUUAUACUUCAGAUCUUCAAUUUCUUCAAAAAAUGAAGGAUCAAAAUUUUCCAGUUCUUUUUUCAGCUUUUUUAUUUCCUCCUAAUAGAAACAUACUAUCUUUAGAAGUUAUAUAUAAGAAAGAAUACAUUCUUUAGGUUUAAAGAGAUUUAAUUAUAAACAUGAAAUCAAAGUAGCCUGAAUAGUCAAAUAUACUUAUAAAGGCAGAAGUAUUUUCUUAAGAUUUUAUUAAGUUUCAUUGUACAGCAUAAGUAACUAGCUUGUAAACUGUCAAAUUACUUGUUCUGUAAGUUAUGUCCUAGUCUUGGACUAAAAUUUAUCAGCUCUUAAAUUAGGGUGAUUUAAUCUCCCUCCAAAAGAUUAUUAGACAUUCUUAGUGAGGCAAUCAGAAAAACUUUGCUGUGUUAUUCACAACAUUGAAGUCAUUUUGGUUAAGAUUUUUUGAUUUAGGCUUCAUUUGUGUUUUUUUAAUAAAUAUCUAAUUUGUAAUGAAUAACA